AGUCAGUUAGAAGUGAACCUUCGUUCGUUUCGUGUUGCGUGUUCUUGUUAUUCGGUCGCUUUUCUACCGUCUUUCAUUUUAUAAUUUUUUCUGUUAGUGUUUUUUUGACGUUAAGAUAAGUAAUGUUUAAUGUAUAUUUGUAUUAAAUUAAGGUUUAAAUCUGGUUAAACAGUUAGCUACCAUGAUAACAGUUAUCAAUGACCUCAGAGCGGCUAUAAUGAGCCAUUGACUGAUUUUUAAAGUACGUUUCUAACGACAUUCUACAUCCAGAAGUGAUGGCGUUCUUCUUUUGUGCUUCCGGCAACACAACAGAGCUAAUGACACAAGGAGCGGCAUUCAAAAUGCGAACGGGGCAGAUUGGUCCUGUUCUCCAGACCACAACGGAUGUAAACAACCGAAUUGGCAACGGUUGUCCACCCGCCAUUAAUAGAGUCGGUACGUCAACGGCCGGCUUCGAGAUGUACUCUUACUUCGCAAGUACGGCCACUGGUGGCACGGGUACGGGUGGCAUCGGCACCAUCACAGUGGCGCCCUCGUGCGGCGGCAAUCAGUCUGUAGUGGCGCAAGCGCACUUUACCGGCAUCCAGCCGGCGCAUCACCAUCAACAGCAACAACAACAACAACAGCAGCAGCAGUCAGUCUCCACAACUAUCAAUUGUUCCUUGGUUCGUGCUAUUGCUGCCGCUGCUACGGCACCGUCGUCCAUGUCGUCCACACAGGCCGUACAAUCGACCGCUAAUAUCUCCGUUACAUCAUCAACCGGCAAAAUUAAAGAAAUGCCAAAAUUAGUAAAACUAGCGCCCAAUGGAGCUCAUGAAAGAUCCGUCCUACAACAAGAAUCCAAAAAACGAAAGAGGCCUAUUGGUAAAGCUCCCGCUUUGGCAACUAGUAAACCUUUGACCAUAGUGGCUCCAACUCCAAUCAUGACUUCUAAAAAUGAAGACUCAAUUAAUUCAAUCAAGUACUCAUUUACAACUCAGCAAACAAACCCAUCAUCUUGUUUAAAAAAGAACGAUUCCACUAAUAUUCAAUGUAGUCAAACAACAACUAUAAAAACUGGAGUUAGUGGAGGUAAUAUACCUGUUGGAAUUGCUGUAGCCAGACAACGAUUUACGCAAAGUACUUCGAGUACUACAGAAAUUCAAAGGCAAAGAGAAACAUCCACUACCACAACAGUAUCGAUGCCUGAAGUAAUUUCACAAACACCAGUGCAAACUAUGGUUCUAUCAUAUAAUGACUGUUCAAUGGCCACUAGUGCGUCAACUUCAUUAAACAGAUGGCCAACUUCCAACGGAUGUGCUAUUCCACAGAACACUAUCGGUGGACAAUGGAAUUAUCAAAACACCACAAUUAGAGCACCCACUAUAGAUCAGCCACCUAUACAACCUGUGGGUAAUUAUCAAUUAGUUCAGGAUCAGUCAGGACAAUUUUUCUUACUACCCCAAAAUUCUAUUACUGGUGUGAUGACAAUGCCAUUUGAUUAUUGUAAGCAGGACACACAAAGCCAAACUAAUCAAGGUUUUACACUUAUUCAACAACCAUCUCAACAGAUGGCCACCAUAUCACCUAUUAUAAAUCAUCCACAAUAUACUUCCAUUGCUAGUGCAGGCUCAUACUUAAUACAACAAGUCAGUUCUUCAAAUCCACCUGCUCUCAUUAAUACUCAUCACCCAAUAGUUGAAAAUACAGGACACCAACAGCCAUUGUUACAAUUGUCUUCACCUGAAAAUCAAAUGUUUAUUUUUAAUCAACAGCAAUCUGCAAUUGUAGCACAACCAUUAAUUGGUCACAUACAAUCACCUCACUCAGGGUUAACUCUAGCUCAAAUGCAAACGGGAUGUCCAAAUCAAAUAAAUGAUAUUCAAACUGUUUCUGAAUCUGUUACUGUUCAAACAAAACUAGUGCAACAGUCAAUAACUGAAAAGAGUACUAUCUCAAGUCAUACUGAAAAGAAUCUAUCCAUUUCAUUAGAUUAUUGUAAUACUGCAUUGACUGAACCUGAAAAAGAAGUAAAAACAGAUUUUUCUAUGACUGAAACACUAGAUUCUAAUGCAAUUAUGUUACAUGAUGCGAGUAAUCAAACAGAUUUACAAACAGAAGAUGAUAUAGGCCAGCCACUUACUGAAGAAAUCAAGAACACUGACUUUAUAGAUACCACAAAUUAUUCAAAUCAAGAAGGGCGUCUUAUUAGUGAUGGUGGUACUCAAACCUGUUCAGUUAUGUUAUCCAUUGCUGAAAAUGCAUCUACUCCAGAUAUCACAGGCCUUGAAUUAUUAUUAAAUAGUAUCGAGCAGUUUGAAAAGCGUGAUUCAGCUGAACGAGAACGAAUAGAAAAACAAGAAGAACUAAAAAAAGUUGAAGAAUUAAAUACUAAGACAAAUGAUAAUAGUUACAACAAAAUGGAAGAAAAUGAAGAAAAAGGUGUUAACAAAAUUGACUUGCUGUUGUUAGCUGAACAGUUUUUAGAAACUGAAAACUCUAUGGACACAAUUGUUCAAAAAAAAAAUAUUCACAAAACGUAUUCCAACUACAAAAAGAUAGCUUUAAAAUCUGAAAGGAAAAAUGAGCUUUGCAAACGUCCACUUGUCAAAGAAAGUAAUGAGAUAACGACUAAAAAAGAAUAUACUAAAAAAUCACCAUCGAGCAGUGAAUUGUUUUGGUCAAGAGAACAUUUGAAAGGAGAUAAAGAACUUGCACAAGAUAAAUUAAAAAAAUAUUCUGAAAAUAAUAAUAAACCAUUAAAGAGAAAAUUAUCUGAUUCAAGUGAAACUAGUGAAACUUUUAAACGUGGACCUGGGCGUCCUAAGAAAUUUCAGAAAGAUGAUGAUAAAAUUAUGAAAAGAAAUAGCUUAAAAUUAGAUUGUGAUUCAAGAGUAAAGCAAAAAAUUUCAAUUUCUUCAUCAUCUGAUCUCUCCCCACCUGUAUUAGAACCUUGUAGUCCAUUUUCAUCUAGAAAAGAUUCAACAAGGACUCCACCUACUCUUUCACCUAUUUCAUCAGCUGCUAAAUUAUCAGAUUCUUUUAAGUCAUCUGAUGAAGAAAAAGCUUAUGAAGGAAAAGUGGCUAAAAAAAGAUCUACAUCUUUAAUUGUAACUAGUGAAAAUGACUUCAGAUCACCAAUAAAAAAACGAAAAGUAGGUCGUCCACGAAAAAACUCUAGUCCAUUUGAUGAAAUUUUAAGCAAACACUUAUCUAAAAAUCAAAAUAAAGAAAAACAAGUUCCUUUAUCAUCUGGAAUAGUAAAUAGUGUUGCGACUAUUAAAACAAAUAAAUCAGAAAUUUCUUCUGGGAACCAAUAUAAAAUCAAACCUAAAUUAAAAGCUGAGGUUAAAAUCAAACAUUGGGAUGUCGAAGAUGAGGAUGAGGAAUUUAAAGAUCCAGAUGACUUAUUAGAUAUUCCUGAGUUUGUUUGUAAGAAGCGGAGAAUGGCAGAUGCUUUAAAUAGAAUUCCACCAUAUGCAAUUUCUAAGCCAUCAUUAGUAGUUCCUAAAAAAAGGAAAUUUUCUAGUGCAUCAUUUGAUAGUGAUGAUAGUUUAAAUGAAUUACCAUUACCCUCUCAAAAAGAUAUUUAUAAUGGUUUAUCAAUCAGAAGCGAAAGCACUGAUUCAGAAGUAUCUCCUGAACGCACAGGAGAAGAGAGGGAUAGUUCUACAACGGUCGAUCUUGCUGAAUGUCAGUGCACAUCCGUCAGUCCGGGUCGACCGAAUGUAGAAAAGACUACCGCCGAUAAAGACGAUUAUGAGAGGAAAAGACUGAAGAAAAAGCGCAAACACAGGAAACAUAAGCAUAGUCAUGAUGAACCUAGAAUUAAACAUAAACAUAAACAUCAUAAAAAACAUCAUAAAAAGCACAAGCGUCAUCGAGAAAAUGAAACUAAUUUGUCUUUAUCUGAACCACCUAAAUUGUCACCCCAAACCCUUCUUGAAAAAGAAAAAAUUGAUGAUGACGAUGACGAUAAGUCUAAUGAAGAGAAUGACUCGAGUGAAGUUGAUUGUGGAGAGAUGUCCAAAUUUCUAUCUGAUCAACAAACUUGGAAAUGGUUAGGUGAUAGUUAUAAGCGACCUGGACGUGGUGGCAAUAAAAAAACGUUCUACAAAUCAAUAACCAGAGGAGAUGAAACUAUUAAGGUAGGAGAUUGUGCAGUAUUUUUAUCCUCUGGUUGUCUCGAUAGACCAUUUAUUGGAAAAGUAGAUUGCAUGUGGGAAACACACUUGGAAAAAAUGCAAGUUAAAGUAUUUUGGUUUUAUCAUCCAGAAGAAACUGCUUGUGGUUUUACUGGCGAUUUACCCUAUCCAGGAGCAUUAUUCAAAUCUCCCCACAAUGAUAUAAAUGAAGUACAAAGUAUUAUGAAUGGAUGCCGUGUAAUUUCCCUUAAAGAAUUCAGACAAAUAAUAAAUAAGGAACCAGAACGUCUUGAUGCUAUUUAUGAGAACAAUGAUCUAUUCUAUUUGGCUGGGGAAUAUGAACCAGUUAUGAAAAUGAUCAAGUUCAGUGAUGGUGUAAUGCCAUCAAAGUAACUUAAUUGUUUCACUAUUAUUUUUAUUUAUACUUUAUACUUUUAAGUUUUGUAUUCUUGUUUAUUUAUUAUGAAAUUAUUUGUAUGUUUGCUUUAUUUAGGUUUUUUUUUUAAACCUGUUUGUUACCUGUUUUAACUAUUUUUAAUUGACUUAUUUGAUGAUAGUUUUUUAAUUCUUUUUAUGUUAGUUUUUAAUCUAUACAAAUAUAAGUAAUAUGUGCUACAAUAACUACAAUGUUUUAAAACCAUUAAACAUACAAUUAUUAUUGCAAUAAC